AGCAACCUCGCAACCAAGCAAGCAAGAACGCAAGCAGGCUUUCUCGACACCACACACGCUCUCUUUCUCUCUCUCUCUCCCUCUCCCUCUCGCUCUCCCUCUCCCUCCCUUCCUCUGUAUCACGCACCUCGGCCUGCCUUCGCUGAACCCCUCUCUCGUUGUCGCCCUCCACUUGUCCAUCUGCGAGCAGUGGACGUGGUGUGCGUCUAGUUACCGCGCCAACUCGAGCGGCACUGGCCCGUCAGGAGAGCCGUCGCGUCCACCACUAGCAGCCCCCCAAAACGUCAACCGCCCAGCUUCGUUCUCCACCUGCCUCAGUACAACAAAUUCCUCUCCCCCCCCCCAAGCUUCGAGCCACCUUCCAACCUUUUCCCCGACCGAUUGUCCUCUCGCACCGAUCCAACUGCCUCACCUUCGCUUUCUUCACCUGGUGCAACACCACCUUCGGCACCCUACCUUUUCCUUUUUUUUUUUUUAAUAUCAAACCUUAAUUCGUGAUCCCGGUAUCCGUCCGCUCGCUCCUUCGCUUGUACCCAACCCCCCUCGACGAUACAGCACGUCACCAACACGAUCUACACAUUGCGCGCGAACCGUCCGUUCACUUGCUCCGGCCUCGACUUGCAGCAGCGUGCAAUCGAGCCUGCUUUCCUCCACGCGCGCAUAAUACUUCGGUACGACUCUUGUGCUCUGGGAAUGGUCCACUUGUAGAACUUCAACUUGUAUUUUUCACAACAUGUCGGGCCACCAGCAGGGCGGUCAGUACGAUAAUUCCUACGGCCAUGACGGCCAGGGAUAUUAUCAGGACGACCAAGGUUACUACGACCAUAACCAACAUUACGAUCAUAAUGGUCAGGACGGCUACUAUGAUGAUCAACAGGGCUACUACAAUAACGACCAUCAGGGCGGCUACGCCCAAGAUGGCUACUACGAUCAGCAAGGGUAUCACGGCGAUGAGUACUACGACAACCAGUACUAUGAUCAGGGUUAUGGCCAACAAGGCUAUGCCCAGGGUGGUCGUCGAGGACCUUCCGAAGAAGAGUCGGAGACCUUCAGCGACUUCACUAUGAGGUCGGAUAUUCACCGUGCCGCUGACAUGGACUACUACGGCCGCGGCGACGAGAGAUACAACAGCUACGGAGAAGGACAGCGUGGCUACAGACCCCCCUCGUCCCAAAUCUCGUACGGCAAUCGCUCGUCAGGUGCCUCGACGCCAAUCUACGGACCCGGCUACGAUGCUCUUCCUGCAGGGCAACGCUCCAGAGAACCGUAUCCGGCUUGGACCGUUGAUGCGCAGGUUCCCAUCACCAAGGAAGAGAUUGAGGAGAUCUUCAUGGAACUGCGCGCCAAGUUUGGCUUCCAGGGCGACAACGUGCGCAACAUGUACGACCACCUGAUGACCCAACUCGACUCACGGGCCUCGCGUAUGACGCCCAACCAGGCCCUGCUCACGCUUCACGCUGACUACAUCGGUGGUGAAAACGCUAACUAUCGGAGGUGGUAUUUUGCUGCUCAUCUCGAUCUUGACGACGCCGUUGGCUUCGCCAACAUGAAGCUCGGCAAGGCCGACAGGCGGACCCGCAAAGCCCGUCGCGCGGCGAAGAAGGCAGCGGCGCAAAAUCCUCAGAACGAAGAGCAGACCCUGGAGGCGCUGGAGGGCGAUAACAGCUUGGAGGCUGCAGAGUAUCGCUGGAAGACCCGAAUGAACCGCAUGUCUCAAGCGGAGCGUGUCAGACAGAUUGCUCUGUACCUGCUCUGCUGGGGUGAAGCAAACCAAGUUCGCUUCGUGCCCGAAUGUCUCUGCUUCAUCUUCAAGUGUGCCGACGACUGGCUCAACUCGCCGGCGUCGCAAAACGUGCAGGAAGUAGAGGAGUUCACGUAUCUCAACAAUGUCAUCACUCCUCUUUACCAGUACAUUCGAGACCAGGGCUACGAGAUCCAGGACGGCAAGUACAUGCGUCGCGAAAAGGAUCACGCCAAGAUCAUCGGCUAUGACGAUAUCAAUCAACUCUUCUGGUACCCUGAGGGCAUAGAGCGAAUCGUGCUGGAAGACAAGACACGCAUCGUCGACCUGCCCCCGUCUGAGCGUUACAUGCGUCUGAAGGACGUCGUCUGGAAGAAGGUAUUCUUCAAGACGUACAAGGAAACUCGCUCCUGGUUCCAUGCGCUGGUCAAUUUCAACCGCAUCUGGGUCAUCCACGUCACUGUGUUCUGGUUCUAUGUCUCCUACAAUUCGCCUACCAUCUACACCAAGAACUACCAGCAGGAGUUGAACCAGAAGCCGAACGCUCCCGCCCAAUGGUCCGCUGUGGCUCUUGGUGGAGCCAUCUCUUGUCUGAUCAUGAUCGCCGCGACUUGUGCGGAAUGGGCCUACGUUCCGCGAAGAUGGACUGGAGCCCAGCACCUGCGUGGUCGACUGUUCUUCCUGAUUGGCAUGUUUGUGUUGAACAUUGCUCCCUCGGCCUACAUCUUCGGGUACAAGCAGACCGGCUCCAUUGCUUUGGCACUCGGCAUCGUCCAGUUCUUCAUCGCCCUCGGCACGUUCUUCUUCUUCUCCAUUCAGCCCCUUGGCGGCCUGUUUGGCAGCUAUCUCAACAAGAAGAAGUCGAGGCAGUACGUUGCUAGUCAGACUUUCACCGCAAGCUGGCCACAUCUGAAGGGCAACGACAUGUGGAUGUCGUACGGCCUGUGGGUGCUCGUCUUCGCAACGAAGCUUGUCGAGUCGUACUUCUUCCUGAUUCUCUCAGUCAAGGACCCCAUUCGUAUCCUGUCGAUGAUGAGGAUGAGAAACUGUGUCGGCGAUAAGAUUCUGGGCACGACUCUCUGCACAUACCAGGCUCAGAUUCUCCUCGGUCUCAUGAUCUUCACGGAUUUGAUCCUCUUCUUCCUGGAUACUUACCUGUGGUACAUUUUGUACAACACGGUCUUUUCAAUUGCCCGAUCUUUCUACCUCGGUGUUUCAAUCUGGACCCCUUGGAGAAACAUCUUCUCACGGUUGCCGAAACGUAUCUACUCCAAGGUUCUUGCGACGACCGAUAUGGAGAUCAAGUACAAGCCCAAGGUGCUCAUCUCUCAAAUUUGGAACGCUAUCGUCAUUUCCAUGUACCGAGAGCACCUUCUGGCCAUCGACCAUGUUCAAAAGCUUUUGUACCAUCAGGUUCCGUCCGAGCAGGAAGGGAAGCGUACGCUGCGCGCUCCAACUUUCUUCGUUUCUCAGGAGGAUCACUCUUUCAAAACGGAGUUCUUCCCAGCGCAGAGCGAGGCUGAGCGCCGCAUCUCCUUCUUCGCCCAGUCCUUGUCCACGCCUAUUCCAGAGCCGCUGCCGGUUGACAACAUGCCCACUUUCACGGUGUUGAUUCCACACUACGGUGAGAAGAUUCUGCACUCCUUACGUGAAAUCAUUCGUGAGGAUGAGCCCUACUCACGUGUCACCCUUCUUGAGUAUCUGAAACAGCUCCACCCGCAUGAAUGGGACUGCUUUGUGAAGGAUACCAAGAUACUGGCUGACGAGACCUCUCAAUUCAACGGCGAUUACGAGAAGAGCGAGAAAGAGACUACCAAGAGCAAGAACGACGACCUACCGUUCUACUGCAUUGGUUUCAAGUCCGCGGCUCCGGAGUACACGCUCCGAACUCGUAUCUGGGCCUCGCUCCGCUCUCAGACUCUGUACCGCACCGUCUCCGGUUUCAUGAACUACAGCCGCGCCAUCAAACUUCUGUACCGCGUUGAGAACCCGGAGGUCGUUCAGAUGUUUGGUGGUAACUCGGACAAGCUGGAACGUGAGUUGGAGCGCAUGGCUCGGCGAAAGUUCAAGAUCAUCGUCUCUAUGCAGCGUUAUGCCAAGUUCUCCAAGGAAGAGCGUGAAAAUACAGAGUUCUUGCUCCGUGCCUACCCGGAUCUCCAGAUUGCUUACCUCGACGAGGAGCCUCCUCUCAACGAGGGUGAGGAUCCUCGCAUCUACUCCGCUCUGAUCGACGGUCACUCUGAGAUCAUGGAGAACGGUAUGCGUCGUCCCAAGUUCCGAGUCCAGCUGUCAGGUAACCCUAUUCUUGGUGAUGGCAAGUCGGACAACCAGAAUCACGCGAUCAUCUUCUAUCGUGGCGAGUACAUUCAGCUCAUCGACGCCAACCAGGACAAUUACCUCGAGGAGUGCUUGAAGAUCCGAUCUGUGUUGGCCGAGUUCGAGGAGAUGACCACGGAGAACGUAUCUCCAUACACGCCCGGCCUCGCGCCUCCGGAGAAGUCUCCCGUGGCCAUUCUUGGUGCUCGUGAAUACAUUUUCUCUGAGAAUAUCGGUAUCCUUGGUGACGUCGCUGCGGGCAAGGAACAAACGUUCGGCACGUUGUUCGCUCGUACUUUGGCACAAAUCGGUGGCAAGCUCCACUACGGUCAUCCUGAUUUCCUCAACGGCAUCUUCAUGUGCACGCGAGGUGGUGUGUCCAAGGCUCAGAAGGGUCUUCAUCUUAACGAGGAUAUCUACGCUGGUAUGAACGCCCUUCUGCGCGGAGGUCGAAUCAAGCACUGCGAAUACUUCCAGUGUGGUAAGGGUCGUGACCUUGGCUUUGGCUCUAUCCUCAACUUCACAACCAAGAUCGGCACUGGUAUGGGUGAGCAGAUGCUUUCCCGCGAGUACUACUACUUGGGCACUCAACUUCCACUGGAUCGGUUCCUGUCAUUCUACUAUGCCCAUCCUGGUUUCCACAUCAACAACCUGUUCAUCAUCCUUUCGGUGCAGUUGUUCAUGUUCUGUCUGAUCAACCUCGGCGCCCUCAGUCACGAGACGAUCAUUUGCCACUACAACAAGAACGUACCGAUCACCGACCCGCUCAAGCCAACUGGAUGUGCAAACUUGGUGCCCGUCCAGGACUGGGUUAAGCGUUGCGUCUUGUCCAUCUUCAUCGUCUUCUUCAUGUCGUUCAUUCCGCUUGUCGUCCAAGAGUUGACCGAGCGUGGCUUUUGGCGUGCCGCUACCCGUCUGGCCAAACAGUUCUCAUCCUUCUCUCCGUUCUUCGAGGUCUUUGUCUGCCAGAUCUACGCAAACUCUCUCCAUGCGGACCUGUCCUUUGGUGGCGCUCGAUAUAUCGGUACCGGUCGUGGCUUCGCCACUGCACGUAUUCCAUUCGGCAUCCUCUACUCUCGCUUCGCUGGUCCUUCCAUCUACAUGGGCGCUCGUCUCCUCAUGAUGCUCUUGUUUGCGACCACGACAAUCUGGGGCGUAUGGUUGAUCUAUUUCUGGGCCUCCCUGAUCGCGUUGAUGAUCUGUCCAUUCUUGUUCAACCCGCAUCAAUUCGCAUGGAACGACUUCUUCAUCGACUACCGAGAGUAUCUCCGCUGGCUGUCGCGUGGCAACACACGCUCCCACUCUGCCUCGUGGAUCGGCUUCUGUCGCCUCUCCCGAACCCGCAUCACUGGCUUCAAGAGGAAGGCACUUGGCGAUCCGUCCAGCAAAUUGUCUGGCGACGUCCCUCGCGCUCAUUUUACCAACAUCUUCUUCAGCGAAAUCGUCGGCCCGCUUGUGCUCGUUGCCGUAACUCUAAUUCCAUACCUCUUCAUUAAUGCGCAGCGCGGUGUGAUCUCCAGUAACGAGGGCAACGCGGACAAGGUGAUUGCUCCCACAAACUCACUGCUCCGUGUUGGCAUCAUUGCGCUUGCUCCCGUCGCUGUCAAUGCCGGCGUUGCAGGUGCCUUUUUCGGCAUGGCUUGCUGUAUGGGUCCUGUCCUGAGCAUGUGCUGCAAGAAGUUCGGUGCAGUGCUUGCCGCUAUUGCUCAUGCCGUCUCCGUCAUCAUGCUCUUUGCCUUCUUCGAAGUCAUGUUCUUUCUCGAAGCCUGGUCCUUCCCGAAGGCAAUUCUCGGCAUGGUCACCGUGUUGGCCAUUCAGCGCUUUGUCUACAAACUCAUCAUUGCCCUGGCGCUCACGCGUGAGUUCAAAGCUGAUUCGGCUAACAUUGCGUGGUGGACUGGUAAAUGGUACUCUCUUGGUUGGCACACACUCUCCCAGCCUGGUCGCGAGUUCCUCUGCAAAAUUACUGAGCUGGGCUACUUCGCCGGUGACUUCGUCCUCGGUCACUUUAUCCUCUUCAUGAUGCUGCCUGUGCUCUGUAUUCCGAUGAUUGACAAGAUUCAUUCUGUCAUGCUCUUCUGGCUACGUCCCAGUCGUCAAAUCCGUCCACCUAUCUAUUCGCUCAAGCAAUCCCGUCUUCGCAAGCGACGUGUCAUCCGCUACUCUAUCCUCUACUUUGCUUUGUUUGUCCUGUUCCUUGUCCUCAUCGUUGCGCCGCUCGUAGCCGGCAAGUACCUGACCUUCAGCAACAUCCCAGACAAUCUUGCUCAACCGACCGGUCUCAACCGCAACGAUACAAUCUCUUCUGAGACUGGCACAGGUGCAGCUGCCGCUGCUACCUCUACCUCCGGCGCCAAGAGGAUGAUGUACGUCAGAAACGUCCCUGUUUGGCAAUGAACGUCUAGAUCUUUUCGGUGAAGGAGAUGAGAUUUGCUAGAAUGUGAAUAUUGCACCUCUGUAUCUUUUGUACAACAAGACAUCAUGAUGUAUGCAUGCAUGGCCUGCACUCGGAAGCGCAGUCUAAAUCCUCGCGAUCAGUGGCGUAAGACUAAACAACGUCGGCUUGGGGAGGUUUCUGUUUUUUCCUUUGGUGUGUUUUUCUUGGGCGAAGGUGGAGGGGUUGAAGGCGUUCUUUGUUAUUUUCUCUUCAUUUUACAAAGACGAAAAAUCUUUCUUUGAAUCAAAGCAAAGGAUACUAGUAUAGAAGUAAUGAAUUGCGAGUACACGGAAUGCCUAAGAUGAGCACUUGAAUGAUGCAAGUCUCAGCUUUCAUGCAUGCAGUAAUUUGACAUUUGGCUUAGAACAAGAAACUAGGCAAAAUGCACGAAUGGUCAGCCUUUUGCGCGGUACGUCGUUCAA